AUGACAGGAUGGAGCUGCCUUGUGACAGGAGGAGGAGGAUUUCUGGGUCAGAGGAUCGUCCACUUGUUGGUGGAGGAGAAAGAGCUGCAGGAAAUCAGAGUCCUGGACAAGGUCUUCAGACCGAAAGUGAGGGAAGAAUUUUCUAAGCUCCAGAACAAGACCAAGCUGACAGUGCUGGAAGGAGACAUCCUGGAUGAGCAGUGCCUGAAGAGAGCUUGCCAGGGCAUCUCGGUCGUCAUCCACACGGCCUCCAUCAUCAAUGUCACAGAUAUCACUUACAGCGAGGCCAUCAUAAAUGUGAAUGUGAAAGGUACAAAGCUCCUGCUGGAGGCCUGUGUCCAAGCUAGUGUGCCAAUCUUCAUUCAUACCAGCUCCAUAGAGGUAGCUGGGCCCAACUCCUACAAGGAAAUCAUCCAGAAUGGCCACGAAGAACAGCAUCACGAAAAUACAUGGAAUUUUCCAUACCCAUACAGCAAGAAGCUUGCUGAGAAGGCUGUGCUGGCAGCUAAUGGGUGGACUCUUAAAAAUGGUGGCACCUUGUACACUUGUGCCUUAAGGCCCAUGUAUAUCUAUGGGGAAGGAAGCCCAUUCCUUUUUGACAUUAUGAAUAAGGCUCUGAAGAACAACGGGAUCCUGGAAGACACUGGCAAGCUCUCCAUCGCCAAUCCAGUGUAUGUUGGCAACGUAGCCUGGGCCCACAUACUAACCUUGAGGGCCCUGCGGGAUCCCAAGAAGGCCCCAAGCGUCCAAGGACAGUUCUACUACAUCUCAGAUGACACACCUCACCAAAGCUAUGAUAACUUGAAUUACACUCUGAGCAGAGAAUGGGGCCUUAGCCUUGAUUCCAGAAUGAGCCUCCCUUUAUCUCUGAAGUAUUGGAUUGCCUUCCUGCUGGAAAUAGUGAGCUUCCUGCUGAGUCCAAUUUACAAAUAUCAACCCCCUUUCAACCGCCACUUAGUGACAUUGUCAAAUAGUGUGUUCACCUUCACCUACAAGAAAGCUCAGCGAGAUCUGGGAUACGAGCCACUCUUCAGCUGGGAGGAAGCCAAGCAGAAAACCACGGAGUGGAUUGGUUCCCUGGUGGAGCAGCACAAGGAGACCCUGAAAACAAAGACUCAGUAA